AUGGCUUCGAACCUAUGCUCUACGCACUCUGUGGCCUCAAAUGUAUACGAAUUUGUGGAGGAACAUGGGCGGACAUAUCACAAAUACAAGCAGGGGAAAUAUGUGCUUCCGAACGACACAGAGGAGCAGAACCGAUUGGAUCUGCAACAUCAUAUGGCGCUGAAGGUUUUAGAUGGAAAGUUGCAUUUGGCUCCUAUACCCAACACUGUGGAGAAUACGCUGGAUGUUGCGACGGGAACGGGAAUAUGGGCCAUUGAAUUCGCGGAGCAAUACCCAUCCACCAGCGUCACCGGAAGUGAUCUGAGUCCUAUUCAACCUAAAUUCUUGCCUGCGAACUGCCUAUUCGAGAUCGAUGAUGCGGGGGACGAGUGGGUAUACUCGAAGAAGUUUGAUUAUAUUCAUAUUCGAUUCGUCAUGACUUGCUUCCCGAAUCCGAAGGCGGUGAUCGAACAAGCGUACAAGACAUGUGCGCCUGGUGGCUAUCUGGAGAUGAUGGAUGGCGUUUUUCCUUUGCGUUGCCACGACGAUUCCCUUGAGGGCACUGUGUUGGAUGCCUGGGCGAAGAGUUGCCACGAAGCAGGAACUAAAAUGGGACGGCCUUGGAAUAACACCCCGAAUUAUAAGGGAUGGAUGGAAGAGGUUGGGUUUGAGGACGUGAAUGAGAGGAUCUUCGAGGUUCCAACAAACCCUUGGCCUAGGGAAAGAAAGGCCAAGGAGCUGGGGAUGUGGUUUAACGCGGAUCUGCAGGAGGCGUUGGGUGCUAGCAGAGCGUUGUUUAUAAAGGCUUUGGAGUGGCCGCCAGACAAAGUCGAUGCAUUCUUACAGGAGGUCAAGGACGAUCUGAUGAAAAGGGAGAUCCGUGCGUACAUGCCAAUCCAUGUUCUUUAUGGAAGAAAACCACUUCGUUAA